AUGGAGCAAUCAGGAGAUGGCGAGCCGAGUGUCCGACUGCAUAUCGUCGAGCAAUCCAUGAGUGCAAGCGUCAAGCUCGCUGAUAAUUACAGCUCGGCGUUCUUCGAGCCCCAGAGAGAGACGAACGAUCCACCGAAGAGCGUCGAUGGCGAUCCCGACUUGACUGGCCUAUGCAGAGACAGUGGCGACGUUGGAGCCCCGGAGAAGAAGCUGACGCUCUUCGCGCUCCGGCUUGCCAUUCUCGAGAAGGCCGCCAGCGGCCUCGGCACCUUGGGCUUCAUCUGGGCGACCGUCGUCCUGCUCGGUGGCUUCGCCAUCGCGCUGGAAAAGAAAGACUUCUGGUUCAUCACCAUCAUCCUCCUCAUCGAAGGAGCCCGAAUCUUUAGCCGGAGCCACGAGCUGGAGUGGCAGCACCAGGCCACCUGGUCGCUCACCGAGGCCGGGCGGUUGAGCUUUCGAGCCCUGAAGUCCAGCUCUCGCCUCCUCUUCCGAUCGCUCAAGCUCAUCUUCCGGCCAUUCUCGAUCCACACCACGAGAAUCCCGAGCAGCGUCGAAAUGGCCAACGACCCGACGUCGAAAGACCCGCCGCCGCCGCCGCGUCGGACGUGGCACACAUCCGACGUUCCCCUCCUCCCAUUCUCCGGCUGGGUCUUCCUCACCCGGAACGUCAGCCGAGUCCUCUACUGGCUGCAGCUGCUCGCCGCCUCCGCCUGCGUCUCGCUCUCGCUCAUGCGGUUGGUGGAUCAGGACUUCGGCCAGCUGCGCCCGGACGACCCCGACAAGAAGAACCGCAAGGCAGCACUCGACAUCUUCUACAGCCUGGCGCUGGCGGAAGCGCUCCUGUUCCUGGCCGAGAAGGCAUACUGGGAGUGGAAGGUGAGCUACCGCCUGCUGCUCGAGGAGGUCAACAGGGAGUGCCACUUCGGCGACGCCGGCAUGGUGUCCAUCAAGAGGUUCUUCUACGACGCCUACUCCAAGUGCGUCGAGGGAAGCAUCUUCGACGGGCUCAAGAUGGACCUCGUCACCUUCGCGGAGGAGCUCCUCGGUUCGAGCUCCCGCGACGAGCAGCUCAUCGGCGCUCGCAUCCUGCUCAAGUUCUCCACCAGCCACCGCUUCGCCGACGCCACCCUGCGCAAGAUCGGCACGUCGACCCCGGUCAUCGAGAGGCUCAUCGAGAUGCUGAACUGGAAGAACCCGGCCGAGGAGGAGAUCAGGAGGUCGGCGGCGGUCAUCGUCUCGAAGCUCGCCGGAAAGAAGCAGAACGCGCUCCGCGUGGCGGGAAUAUCCGGAGCCAUGGAAUCAAUCUCUUCGUUGCUGUACACAGGCCAGAGCAACUCGAAUUCGGGGCCGGACGAGGCAUCGCACCUGUGCGGCGCCGCCGCCGCCGCUGCCGACCACGCAAACUACGGGUUCUCCGUGUUCAACCUAUUAGGCUUGCUGAUACUUAAGAAGCUUACAAAGGACCACGACAACUGCGGAAAGAUCGGCAACACCAGAGGUCUAUUAGCCAAGAUCAUAGGCUUCACCGGCGACGGGGAGACGCUGGGGAGGAGGGAAAGCGCAACGGAGUCGCAAGUCAAGGCAGUGAAGCGGUCACUGCAGGUGGUGAAGAUGCUUGCAAGCACGUCAGGGCAGACAGGGAAGCUUCUCCGGCAGGAGAUAUCGGAGAUCGUAUUCACAGUCAGCAAUAUCAGGGGGAUCCUGCAGUACGGGGAGAACCACACGGUGAUUCAGAAGCUCGGGAUCGAGAUCCUGACGAGUCUUGCGAUGGACGAAGAGGCGAGGGAGAGGAUUGGCGUCACCGGCGGGAUGAUCAAAGAGCUGCUGAGGAUCUUCUUCAUGCAGCAGCAGAAUGCCGUGAAGGUGGAAGCAGGGGAGGCGCUGGCGAUGCUGGCACUGGAGAGCAAGGCCAACUGCUGCAGGAUUCUGAAGGAGAUGAACGUGGUGGAGAGGCUCGUGGAAGCAUUGCACGAUCCGGUGCUUCGCAUCAACGCCUCGAGGAUCCUCCGCAACCUGUGCAAGCAUGCAGGGCACGAAUACCUGUUCUGCUUGAGAGGAGUCGCUGCCGCCAUUGGCACAGUCGUGAAGGCAAUCACAACAGCAGAGGUGAAACUGCUGGAAGUAUCCCUCGGCCUUGCAGCACAAGUCCUCAGAUUCAUGGAUGCCGAAGAAUUCGCCAUGCAAAUGGAGCAACUCGGAAUCAGGGAGGAGGAAUUUGCAGAGACACUGGUGCGAGUACUGCAGAGGUACCACUACCCAUCCGUAAAGGUGCCGAGAAUGAGGAGGUUCGUGAUAGAGAUCGCGAUGUGGAUGAUGAACUGUGACACCAAGUGCAUUAGGGUUUUCAGUGAUCUGGGAAUGGAGAAGGAGCUUGAGAGCGUCUCAGAAACCACAUCGGAGCUGGAAUGCUUCAAUGUAUUCUCUGGUAGCGUGGGACUGAGCCGGCACGGCACACCACUCUGCUCUCUUGUGGACGCUGCAUUGGAGUUGAUGGCUACGAGCUCUGCAGCGAUGUGAGGUUAAUGAUGAGAGUUGUAUGCGUUAUAGAAUAAUCAAAU